AUGUCGUCGCUGAGCGAUAUGUGCUGUAAGUGCGGCGUCCCGGAGGAUGCCCGGAAGGUGUUCGACAGUAUCGCUGUGAAGAACAAUGUUGUGUGGACUGCUCUAAUUUCGGGGUGCGCGUCGAACGGACGCAACGAUGAGGCAUUGGCGCUCUUCCGGAGCAUGCCUGAAUGCGGCCUGUUCGCAUGGACUGCGCUCAUCUAUGGGUUUGUUAAAGCUGGACACAAUGCUAGACCAGUGGAGCUGUUUGUCGAGAUGAGGCGGGAUGAUGUCAAGAUUGAUGACGCGUUCGUGUUGUCGACUGUCAUUGGCGGGGCGGUAAACCUGGCUACUCUUGCGCUGGGUAGACAGCUGCAUGGUUUUGUAAUGAGGCUCGGGUUCUUGUCCAGUAUGAUCAUGGGGAAUGCGCUGGUUGACAUGUACUCCAAAUGCAGUGACAUACCCUCUGCUAGGGAAGUAUUUGAGGGGAUUGCAAUCCGUGACAUAAUCUCAUGGACGACAAAUGCAGUGACAUACCUUUGGAUGAUGGGUAGCUAUAUAUUUUGGUGUAACUAUGCUGUAAUAUGUUGA